CCGCUUCCCUUCCUGCUGCCGGAGCCCGCGCCGCGCCCAGCAUCCGCCGAGAGGAGCAGCCGCUGCCGCACCGCGCUCUGCCGCCCGACGCGCCGCGCCUCGCCUCGCCGACACCAUGGCAUCCGGAGUGCAAGUUGCCGAUGAGGUGUGCCGUAUCUUCUACGACAUGAAAGUGCGCAAGUGCUCCACGCCCGAGGAGGUGAAGAAGAGGAAGAAGGCUGUCAUCUUCUGCCUCAGUCCAGACAAAAAGUGCAUUAUCGUGGAAGAAGGCAAAGAGAUUCUGGUGGGAGACGUGGGCGUGACGGUGACCGACCCUUUCAAGCACUUUGUGCAGAUGCUGCCCGAGAAGGAUUGCCGUUAUGCCUUGUAUGACGCCAGCUUCGAGACCAAGGAGUCCAAAAAAGAAGAGCUGAUGUUUUUCUUGUGGGCACCAGAACAAGCACCUCUCAAAAGUAAGAUGAUCUACGCAAGCUCCAAGGAUGCAAUCAAAAAGAAGUUCCAAGGCAUAAAGCAUGAAUGCCAAGCAAAUGGGCCAGAGGACCUCAACCGAGCUUGCAUUGCUGAGAAGCUAGGAGGCUCCCUAGUUGUAGCUUUUGAAGGAAGUCCUGUGUAGAUGUCAUACAGUGCCACAACUCUACAAGCAUUCCAUGUUUUAAUAUAUCAGUUAUGUAAAGCAACCAUUCUAGGCAAGGGUUUCACUAACUGUAGGGAAGCUGUCUUGUAGAAUCAAGUAGAUUUUGGAAAUGUAGUUCAUUAUGUACAAAUGACCCUAAAUAAAUCAAAUCUAAGGAUUUAUCUUGGUGUAUUAAUAUUUGCAUUGGUUGUCCAGCCCAAUACUGUCCCUGAUGGAUUAACACUAGAGGUCUCCAAAAAUAUUGGUCCAGUGCAGCAGUGUAUCCUGGGAUGAAAGGAGGGGAGGUGAGAACAAUCUGCUUCCUCUUCCUGCUUUCUCUAAAUUGUAACAAGCAAAAUUCAAUCAGUCUUUUUGAGGCUACUGGCCAAAUUGCCAAACUCAAAAAAAACCUUUCCCCCCCCCCCCUGCAAUUGUUUUAAUACAAAGCUUAAAAACCUGUAGUUAAAGUUUAGGCUAAAGCAACCUGUUGGCACCAAAACUGGGUUAAAUUCUUUGUGCUUGCAGUUGCAGAGCUACACUGAUAAAGGCUAAUUCUGAAGUGAAAUAAGAGUUUUCUGGAGAAACAGCCCUAAUCCAUUCUCUUGUGACUUCACAGUGCAGUAAUAAUAAUAUUUAAAGGUUCACUUGUUCUGUAGGUUCAAAUUUCUUGUUACAAAAUGUCUCGAGGGCUCUUCCAGCCUGAGUGGUUCUAUACAAAAAUGCUUCUUCUGUUGAUGUAGUUUGAUUUUUAGAACUAGCUUAGUCUAAUACACACUAGUGGAUGGGAUGCUUCUGAGGCUUUGACAAUGCAGAUUCUUAGAGCUCUCCAGUUACGAGUAGUACAAUGAGAAAGAACCACACCUUAAAUAAAACCAAAGUGGUGUUCUCAGCCCCAGCCUUUGGUCACUUGGUCCAUUUCUCCAUAAUUACUAUUGAUUUAACUUAGUAGAACCAAUCAGCCUGACUAAUACGGCUUGAUCUGGGCUUUUUUGUCUGUUAGCUUCUUUAAUUCUGUAGAAAUGCAUGGAAAUAUCACCUACUAGAAAGUUUGACCUGAAAUGCCUUUUGUAUGGGGGAGGGGGGAGGGAGUAGAGAAACAUUCCUGUGCCAGCUACAGAGAUCUUAAAAGCUUCCAUGUUUCACCAGUGGUUGAUUAAAGCUGUUUUCCUUUGUGUAAUGUGUACAUGGGAGUUGCAGAGUUUUUUCCUGUAUGUCUGUAGAGAAAAAGAGAACAAAAAAGAAACCCCAACCAAACCCCACCACCCUUAGCCUCCAGUGCGUUCAUGUGCUAUGUUCUGUGUGUGCCAAAUUCAAAUAGCCUAAAUAAAUGGGGUUUCCCCUCCCCUGG